UUUUGUUUUUGUGGAGAAGAGAAAACAACGCUCUUUUCUUCUAUCAAAAAAAUAAAUUCAAAAAAUAAAAAAAAGCAAUUUUUUUUAGAAAACAAAGGAAGACCUUCCGCGAAGAAAAGCUCUCUUUUUAGUUUUUUUUUUUUUAUUCCUUUCUAAAAAAAGUAACCGUUUUUUGGUUUCUCUGGGUUCUGUUGGGAAGGAAGGGAGGGGAGGUGUUUUGCUAAAGUGACAGCGUGGUUUGUGACAUGGGAAUGAGAAUUCCGGCGUGGAGGUGGUGCUAACGUGACAGUAUUGGUGAUGGAGGAAAGUGGCUGCUGAAUGGAAUUCUCAUUCGAUGCCGGAAUUCCGAUGUCCCGAACAGCAGCGGCGGCGGCGGCGGCGGCUGUCACUGAAGGAACCUCGCUAUCACCGUCGUUGAAUCAAGAUGCUAUGUGGCAAAUGAACUUGAGAUCCGGUGAAAUAAUGGAAUCUGGUCCCUACCCUGAGCAUCCUGGAGAACCAGAUUGUUCUUAUUAUAUCAGGACAGGCCUUUGUAGAUUUGGGGCAACAUGUCGUUUUAAUCAUCCUCCUAACCGAAAGCUGGCUAUUGCUGCUGCUAGGAUGAAAGGAGAUUUUCCAGAAAGAGUAGGACAACCCGAAUGUCAGUACUACCUGAAAACCGGAACUUGCAAAUUUGGAGCUACAUGCAAGUUUCAUCAUCCUAGAGACAAAGCUGGGAUAGCUGGGAGAGUUUCGUUAAAUAUUUUGGGCUAUCCUCUUCGCCCGAAUGAGACUGAGUGUGCUUAUUAUCUAAGAACUGGACAAUGCAAGUUUGGGAGCACUUGUAAAUUCCACCAUCCUCAGCCAACUAAUAUGAUGGUUUCAUUGCGUGGCUCUCCUAUUUAUCCAACCAUCCCUUCUCCAACCACUCCUGGUCAGCAGUCAUAUCCAGGAGACAUUACAAAUUGGUCAAGAGCAUCUUUCAUUCCAAACCCCCGCUGGCAAGGCCCUUCAAGUUAUGCACCUUUGAUUUUACCCCAAGGGAUGGUAUCAGUUCCAGGCUGGAAUGCUUACAGUGGUCAACUGGCAUCAGUUUCUUCUUCUGAGAACCUACAGCUGGCAAAUGGAAAUAAUCAAAUCUAUGGAACCUCACGCCAGAAUGAAUCAGUGGCUGCAGAAUCUCAGGCGUCCUUUUCUCAAUUUCGUUCUGGAUCUGUCCCUGUAGGUUUUUAUGCAUUGCAGAGGGAGAAUGUAUUUCCCGAGAGACCUGGCCAGCCUGAGUGCCAAUUUUACAUGAAGACUGGAGAUUGUAAAUUUGGUGCAGUUUGUAGGUUUCAUCACCCAAGAGAGAGAGUUCUUCCUGCCCCUGAUUGUAUGUUGAGUCCUUUAGGCCUUCCUUUACGUCCGGGAGAACCUUUAUGCAUUUUCUAUUCUCGAUAUGGAAUUUGCAAGUUUGGUCCAAGUUGCAAGUUUAACCAUCCUAUGGGAAUUUUCACAUAUAAUUACUCCGCAUCAUCUCCAUCUGAUGCCCCAGUUCACCGUUUCUUGGGGUCAUCUUCAGGUACUACUGGGUUAAUUCUCUCAUCAGAGGGGCUUGUUGAAGCAGGCUCUACAAACCCCAGGCGGCUGUCACUCUCUGAGAAUAGAAAAUUGUCUUCCAGUGAUGAUAAUAUUGAUACGGAGGGAUAAAAAUUGCAACAAGAUAUGGGCUGAUUACCUUUGACAAUCUUUUGGUGGAUGAGGAAGAAUAAUCUGUAAAUUCAUUUCCCAUUGUUGAAGAUGUACAGAGUUCAUGUCAAGUUGAUUCUGUUCUUUUAAAAAUAUGCAAUUCAGUCAACAGUUGCAUCUUCUGAAUUUCAUAAUCCUGCACUGUAUAAAGCUGAAAAUGAUGUCACAUUUGGUAAAACCCAAUGUGAACAGUUCUUCUGUCCCAAACUGUUUCUUCUUUCUGAUUUUUGCGUUAUGUUUCUUUCACAGAAUGUUAUACGAGGCAUUUCUUUUGCAGUUUUUAAGCCUCUGCCUAGAUUUGUGGUGAAUCUUCAACUAGCUGCUCUGUUUAACAUUUCCAGUCUAGGCCCAGGCUUUCAAAUACUGGUUGAGUAAUUUUCUGCCACCCUGAGUUGUUUGUACACUAUAGCUUCAUCAUUCAUAUCAUACUUCCUCUUCGCUUUUUUCUUCUUGGACCUGACAUGUGCUGGCAUUUACUAAUAUCAGCUUUGUUUCUUGAGGUAAUAAUUACUAUAUUUGCUAAUAUUGAUCAAUCUUGAGUUAUUCUCAAACUUGAUUCUUGUAUUGAUAAUUUUAUUUUUCUUCUUAAUUAUGUGUGAGAAAUUUCCAAGCAGAAGUAUAAAUGAAUAUACAUUUAUUCUACUGUAAAAAGAAGUGGAACAGUGCCAUCUAUAUUUUUGUUAGGUGAAUUCUUCCGACUCUUUGAAGUUCCUGGAGAUCUUACUUCAUGAUAGAUGAUUCACUGAAGAUGAAUUUGUAAGUCACUCCAACUGAAUCUCAUGUUUUAUAAGAUUAGUUUAUCUUUACCAAGCAUCAUACACUUGUCCUUGCAAGAGGCUUUUGAAAAUAGUAGAGAAUCUUUAAAAUAUUGCUCAAUAAAAGGUUCCAAAUUUCUAUUAAAUAUCCUUGACAAAAUGGUAUUAGGUACAAUUUCAUUCAAGGAAAGUUGUGUUUUUAUUCAUUUUUUUUUUUUUCUAUUUAAUGAGAAUAAGUUCUGUAAUUAUUUGAAAAUUUACUAGCUCAAGAUGCAAGAAGGUUGUACCCUCCUUUGGGGUGCCAGUUUUGCUUAAUGCCAAUUUUAGAUGUGUCUUUGUGAUUCUGUAUUUCUAUGCCUCUUGGCAUUCAUGACCAACUAAUUCAAUGUAGUAAUGUCCGCUGAAUCUCUCUGGAAAGUUUGUUUGCUUUGCUCUGAAUUGUGGUAUUGCUUAUUGAAUAGGGAGAGAAAAA